AUGGGCAACACCCCUACUUGGCUUCUCCAGCAGCUUAUCCCUCCUCUUCUGCUCACGUAUUUCUACUUUGCAUGGAGGAUAUCGACAUUUGAGCUUGGGCCUCAUCUGGUGAACGAUCCGAGGACAUAUCGCUUUAUCAGCUAUUUCUACCUAGUAUUUCCCACACUUUCUAUCUUUCCUAUCACCCUACUAUACAUCCGACUAUACUUCCUCCCCUCAUCUCAAUCUACACCGCCUUUCGAUCCUCCUCCCGCCAUCCGGAAUAGACAUGUCAUCUUCCAAUGUCUAUCACCGGCCGAAGCUAAGGCUGUUCGCCUAGCCGAUAAUGUUUUGCACGACGAUGAUGACCCAAUGUCAGAGAGAUGCUACAGAGGUAAAUGUGGCGGACGAUGGAAACCUGCUAGAGCGAGACAUUGUACUUUGUGUGGGAGAUGUAGAGCGGGAUGGGAUCAUCAUUGUGUAUUUUUCGCGAACUGCCUCUCAGCACCGUACAUGCGAACUUUCCUCGCCUUACUCCUCUACACUCCCCCAACGAUAUUCAUCAUCUCCUUACCCUUAUACAAAUCACUCUACAAUCGAGCUAAAGAAGCCUACUUCUAUUCGAAAUCAGACGACAGUAUACGGCAUAAAUGGUGGGAUCGGGGAUACAGUUGGGUUAUCGCUGGGGGGCCGAUCGGUCGAUAUGCUGGAGGUAUCGUCCUCGGCUGGAGAAAGUUAGAUAAGCUAGAUGAAGAUGGUGGUGGGUUGGUAAGGUUGAAUAUAGGUCUGAUGGUAGGGUUUGGGAUCAUACUAGCUUUGAUUACCAUUGGUCUCGCAACCACCACUCUCAGCUUGAUACUCAAAGGUGAUCUAACGAUAGAUAGAGGCCGAUCCUCCGCUCACGGCCAAGCAUUAUCGGCCAUACAUCGUCUCAAAUCCAAAGGUAAACCUAUCCCACCUCAUCUGGAAAGCAAUUUAUCAAGGUUCUCAGAUAGGCGAUGGUUCUACGUUCCUCUAACAAAGGGACUACAAACGCACGAUAGGGAAGGAGUAAUACUUCAGACCCUCGAGCAUGAAAGGCCAUAUGAUCAUAGAUGGAAGAAAAAUUUGGAGAUCGUACUUGGUAGCACCAUUUCCUGGAUAUACCCCUGGAAUGCAGCAAGGAAAGCAAUGGGGGAUGCAGUUUUCUCGUGGCCCAUUACAGAAAAUGUGGAGAAGAGAUUGAUGGAAGAGGCGGAGAGAAGGGCCAAGGAGAGCAGGCUCUCGGAACGAACGUAG